GUAUUGAUGUAAACUUUUAAUUCGUUUCAUAUUACGAAAUCGUCUCAGAUUACACUGCUGCUUUUCCUUUCUUCCGUAACUCUCGCUUCUCGCAAAACGAAAGUUCACAACUCGCUAGCAAGCAUGGACAGGACGCAUUUGCUGAGUGACCAGGAUGAAGCCCACCCUUCUCCUUCGUGUCCUGCUGGAUCUUAUGCAGAUCCGAACACAACAGAUGGGGCGACGGCUCCUCCUGCAGAUCUGAUGCCUGUUGUUCCUGGAUAUGAGAGUUUGGGACCAAAUGUUAUUCCACCGUCCAAUUUUGGAUCGGUGCAACCACAGGAACCAGCCAGACCUCCAGACAGAUGCUUUGACAUUCCUGCAAUCACUGAAGAACUUGCACAUGAGGCCUUUAUAAAAUAUGCCAGCAGCAAAUGCUGUUACAGCUCUAAACCAGCCAAAGAGAUGGUGUUUACAGACCUGCAGUCCCUUAACACAUAUCGGUACCGAUUGGAGACUUUUACUGAGUCCAGAACAACAGAAUGGGACAGCGAACCAUAUGAUGGUCAAGUGGUGGAUGGUUACGGAGUGGCUCCUGCUCCGUGGAGCAUCCCGGUACCCAUUCCUUCCCUCUUCCAAGACUGCGUGAAAUCCGUCCGUGUUCCUCACACAUCCACUGUCAAAGGUUGUCAUUCAUGCCUGAAUCUCGGUAGAUCUGCUUGCAGUAGAUGCGUAAAUUCAGGAAGGACUCGAUGUGGAUCCUGCAGUGGAAGGGGUCGAAAUGCCUCCGAUCAGCGCUGUACUAUGUGUCAGGGCUCUGGCAUGAUUAGGUGUCAUUCCUGUGGAGGAGUCGGUUCAAUCACGUGCAAAACAUGCAAAGGGAAAGGAAAGCUCCUCUGCUUCAUCAAACUUAAAAUUACAUGGAAGAACAACAUUCAUGUGUCUGUGAUUGACAAGCGUUCGGGAUUCCCAGUUGAGCUUCUUGACAAAAUCACCGGAGAGAAACUUCUUACCGAUAUGGCUCCAAUGGUUUAUCCAGUUGUCAGUUUCCCAGACAGCUCUGUGAACGCAGCAUCCGAAAGUGGCGUGAGGGAACACCAGGCUCAGUUCGCCACCACUUGCCGUAUUCUCCAACAGAGGCAGACCAUUGAGCUCAUUCCCAUCACGCGAGUGCAUUACGCCUGGAACGAGAAAACCCACAUUUAUUUUGUAUAUGGAACCGAACACAAAGUCUACACCAAAGAUUAUCCUGCCAAAUGCUGCUGUUGCUCCAUCCUUUAGACAUGCUGUAUAAUGCCUGUGCUGCCGUUACUAUGCUUUAAGACAUGCAAAA